CACCAUCCCCCGCAUAGACACAGUCCCUCCCCCUUCAAAACAACCCGUUCCCUCUCUAAUAUGACAAAUGGAAUUGUAAACGGCUCUUCUGGUCUCGAGAAUCAAUUCGCUUCUCUCGGUAUCAACGGCACAAAGUCUGCGUACGUGCCUCCUCAUUUACGAAGCUCGCAGCGGGCUGCCUCAUCCCCUAUCACUACCACCGGGAACGGCUGGAACGACUUGCGUACCUCGACCCCUCCCGCCCGCGGCGGCAUCAGCGGUAGAGGAUUUGGAGAUAGAUCUGCCAGUGGCUUCAGCUCCCCCGGGGGCGCUCGUCGUGUUGACAGCUGGUCCGAACGUCCUCCCUCCGCCAGUAUCCCUCAUGGCGGCGCUCCCCGAGUAGACAGUGGUCCCCGCGAAUCCUUCGGCUACGGCGUAUGGAGGGAUGGUGUCCACGUCGUCGGUGGUCGUAACAACAGGCUUGAAAAGGAGCUUUACGGCGACGCCGCUGAUCCCUCAAAGCAGCAUACCGGUAUCAAUUUUGAGAAGUACGAUGAUAUUCCCGUCGAGGCUACCGGCGCGGGCGUACCGGAACCCGUGAACGUUUUCACUAGUCCUCCGUUGGACCCUGUUCUCUUGGAGAACAUUGGUUACGCUCGUUACACCUCCCCGACUCCCGUCCAAAAGUAUUCGAUCCCUAUUGUCGCAGGAGGCAGAGAUUUGAUGGCAUGCGCGCAGACCGGUUCUGGAAAGACCGGAGGGUUCUUGUUCCCGAUCCUCUCAGCGUCUUUCGCCAACGGCCCUCGGCCUCCACCGGUCGAGAGCCAACAGUCGUUCUCGCGCACGCGCAAAGCGUACCCCACUGCCCUAAUUCUCGCUCCAACCCGCGAGCUUGUAAAUCAGAUCCAUGAAGAAGCUCGCAAGUUUGCUUAUCGCUCUUGGGUCCGUCCUGCCGUCGUCUACGGUGGCGCCGACAUAAACAGCCAACUCCGCACUAUAGAGCGUGGCUGUGAUCUCUUGAGCGCUACACCCGGUCGCCUGGUUGAUCUCAUCGAACGUGGCCGCAUCAGUCUCGCGAAUAUUCGCUACCUUGUCCUCGAUGAGGCUGAUCGCAUGCUUGACAUGGGUUUCGAACCUCAGAUCCGUCGUAUCGUCCAGGAAGAGGAUAUGCCCGGCAUUCAUGACCGCCAGACUCUCAUGUUCUCCGCCACUUUCCCUCGCGAUAUCCAGAUGCUUGCCAAGGACUUCUUGAAGGACUAUAUCUUCCUCUCUGUCGGUCGUGUUGGCUCGACGUCCGAGAACAUCACGCAAAAGAUCGAAUAUGUGGAGGACAGCGACAAGCGCUCAGUCCUUCUCGACAUCCUCGCGGUGCAGAGCACUGGCCUCACCCUCAUCUUCGUCGAGACGAAGCGCAUGGCCGACAUGCUCUCGGACUUCCUUUUGUCCAACUCGUUCGCUGCCACUUCCAUCCACGGCGACCGCACGCAGCGUGAGCGUGAGAUGGCUCUGCAGACCUUCCGUCAAGGCCGGACGCCCAUCAUGGUUGCGACCGCUGUUGCCGCCCGUGGUCUCGAUAUUCCCAACGUCAUGCAUGUCGUCAACUACGACUUACCCAGCGACAUCGACGACUACGUGCACCGUAUCGGUCGUACCGGCCGUGCGGGUAACACUGGUGUGUCUACUGCCUUCUUCAACCGUGGCAACAAGAACAUCGUUCGCGACCUCGUCGAGUUGCUUCGUGAAGCGAACCAGGACAUUCCCCCGUGGCUUGAGACCGUCGCUCACGAGUCGGCCUUUGGCGGUGGUGGCAGCGGUUUCCGUGGACGUGGUGGACGCGGUGGAGGCAGAAGCCGUGGUGGAGCAGCGAGAGAUUAUCGCCCCGCCGGUGGAGGGUCUCAUGGUGCCAGGGGGCCCAGCUACGGAGGUGCUCCCUCGUACGGCGGCAAUGGUGGUGGCAGUGGUGGUGGAUACGGUGGCGGAUACAGCGCCGGUGGCGGAGGAGCGCAGUCCUGGUGGUAAAUCACCAGGGUUCGUCCAAUCCUUUGCCUUCCAUCUCGCACAUGCCCUUCACUUUUAUGCCUACCCCCUUCCUAUGCUUCCCAUAUUCGUCUCACAGAUGCGCGUCGUCGCUAUGACCCUCCAAUAAUCCAAACAUCGCAUCAGUUUCUGCAAGGACGGCUCGCAUCCAUCUUUCUGUCAUUUUUGAUUUCUCUCCCUCCCACUUGCGCUGCUCUCACGACUACACAUGUUUUGUCUCGUCGCUCUCUUGUCUGGCAUGAAUGACUUUAUGGCCCUAUUUUAUUCGCUUCGCUUCCCGCUUCUGUUUGUGUCUCCAUAUCAUCAUAUCCCUCCGCGUGCCCCCUCCCCCUCCCCUCUCAUGGCUCCCCAUCAUCCAUCAUUUACGCCCUCUCCUUGUUUGUGGAUUCAUUGCCUGGCACGCACCAGCGUUUUUGCUGAUUUAUAGAGAUCGAACGGAUGGGUGGUACGAUUGAUAACUGUCGUAAUGCAUACCCCUCUUCUCCCAACACCCACACCCUCACCCUGCUACUUACUGCUUGUAGGUUUAUUGGCGCGUCGAUGGUCGGUCGGUUCACGGUUACGCGUUCGUUCGUUUAUUUUUUUCAUGAUGACACAUUCCCACACAGUCACCACCACCACCCACGCAGCAUGCAUUUCGGCAUGCCAUACAGCACAACAUUCCCGGCCAGCAUUACGAGACAUACAUACAAUCUGAUUGUUAACGUUAGAGCAUCGCAUUAUCUUGUACUCCUUUUUUCCGGCGUGGUUCCCCUAUUAGUCUAUCUUUUUUAGUACCUGUCUCUGUCCCUCCCCCCGGAGGCCUGGAUAUUCUGGUCUCCUGACUAUUGUAUAUGUCGCUUCUAAACAUGCUUGUGGGCGCAAGUUUAAUGAACGUUCGCGUAGAC